AGAAAGUUCAACAGGUGAGAUUUAGCUUUACUCUGUAUUUCUUCAGCCCCAAAAAUGGCUGCUUCACUUCCUAGAGCAGCCUUCUCUUUACUCUCUUUGCUUAAUUCAACCAUUAAUAAACCUUCCUUAUCACCAUUUUCAUCUCCAAAACCUUCUUUCUUCACUAUCAAACCUAAGAUUACUAAUUUUUCUAGGUUUAUAUCAUCAUCAAUGGCUUCAGAGUCGAAGGAUUCGCCUUCUAACAAUCCAGGUCUUCAUGCUACCCCUGAUGAAGCAACUAAAGGUUACUUUUUGCAGCAAACUAUGUUUAGAAUCAAGGAUCCCAAAGUGAGUCUUGAAUUCUACUCCAAAGUGUUGGGCAUGUCCUUGCUCAAGAGAUUGGAUUUCCCUGAGAUGAAGUUCAGCUUAUACUUCAUGGGGUAUGAGGAUACAGCAUCAGCUCCCAGUGAUCCCGUUGAACGUACUGCUUGGACCUUUAGUCAGAAAUCUACAUUAGAGCUUACACACAACUGGGGUACUGAGAGUGACCCUAAUUUUACAGGUUACCACAAUGGAAAUUCAGAACCACGUGGCUUUGGACACAUAGGUGUUACUGUUGAUGAUGUCUACAAGGCUUGUGAGAGAUUUGAAAGUCUGGGAGUAGAGUUUGUAAAGAAACCUCUUGACGGAAAAAUGAAAGGUAUUGCAUUUAUUAAAGAUCCUGAUGGCUAUUGGAUCGAGAUCUUUGACACGAAAAUUAUCAAAGACGCUGCUGGUUCUGCUUCUUAGUUCAGGUUAAGGCGCUCACUUUCUUCUUGGUGAUGUGCAACAUUUUUAGGAGCACUCGAGGCUUCUAUCACGAGUCUUGAUCAACUCAGAGAUCGAUUUGAAGAGAGUGUUUUCCAGAAAUGAACAUUUUCGCGCUGUGUUUAAUCUGCUAGUGAAUGAAUUUUGCGCCAUGUUUUAGGCCGAAAAGUUUUUUAUCUGUCUAAUGUAAAAACAAGAGAUGUAUACUGUGUUCAAAAUAAUAGAUUGGAUGUAACUUCUGUGAUUGAGAAAUAAAAAUUGAAUUAGAAAAACUUCAAUAAUUGAAGCUCUUAUGGGCCUACAGCUACAUUAUUUCAAGGGGAA